AUGGAACAAAUGACAGGUGUGGAUGUCAGUUGGAUGACACACAGCUCAAACAAUAAAGACGUAAAACGACCUCGAAUGGUUCCAGAUGCGUCUGGUUCACAAGGAAAAUCUAGUCCGCCCCCACCAAACAGCUCUACCCCUCCAAAGAACGAGAACGAGCAACAUGUUGCAACGCCUUCACAACCGAUUCCAACUCGACCCGGUGUAUCUAGAAAUGUAUCUUCGGAAAGGAUAGUCACGGCAAAUGGCACACCACCAAAAGCCUCUACAUCGCCCAACAUGUCCCGCAGAAAUUCAUGGUUAUCGAGUAUAUCCUCAAAGUUCACUGGGUCACAAUCCGCCAACCAUACGAGCGUAUCCCCCGGUGCUUCAGCGGCGGCUUUACCUACAGAGCCUUUGAUACAUAGACCUGCAGGACCGAGUGCACCCAAGAAUGCUGUAUUAGUACAUGGGGUAAAGGAGGAUGGCGAUGCACCUUAUGUCCCAGCACCUCCGCGAAACGGUCCCAGCUUCUUACAAAGUGCUCUGCGGAGGUUGUCAAACUCGGGUGGGCAACUGUCUGGAUCAGCAAAAGGCCAUAGUGGAUUAUGCGAAAGAAAGGUCUUGAAUGUCGACCAUCAUCGGGAGAGGUGUCCCAUAUUCGGGCUUGAACAGUCAAAACUGCGACGAGUCGCUUUCUGCGUCGAUGUUGAGAUAGCAAGUGGUCCUCGGUAUACGGACGAGGAAGAAUCUGACGAGAUCGAAAAUAAAAAUAAAGAAAGAAUGAAGCAGUCCCAAGAAAAGGGAGAAGGGGCUGCGUUGAAGAAUCCGAACAACUCUAAGACGGACACGGAACAAGAAGAUGUCCCCAAAACAAAUGUUGGCAAAUCCGGCGAGAAGCCUUCCGAGAGUGCCCAGCCUGAAGGCUCCAAGAACGUAUCAGAAACCAGGGAAUCUUCUCCACCAGCUGAGAAGGACAAUACAAAAAAGAAAGAGAAGAAAAAGCGCAGCGAAGAAGAACGAAAAGCAAGGAAGGAGAAGAAACGAAGACUUGCUGAGGCGAACGGUACAAUUCCAGUCGAGUUGAAGAUCGAUGAGAGUGACAGCUCACUUUCGACAACUCCGAUUUCUGCAACUCCUAAAACUCAUGCUUCACCUACCACGGACCCUGCUCGGAUAUAUAGGAGAUGCUGCCAAUUGAGAGAAACGCCAAUUUUAAAGAGAAUCGUUGAGCAACUCACAGCAUCGGUGGCAACUGCUACACUUCCUGGUCUUGUUGGCAAAUUAGAUCUCUCAGGCUAUUGGCUACAACUACCAGACCUUGUUACGUUAGGGGAUUACUUAGCUGUAGUUCCAGUGAAAGAAUUAAUAAUGGAAAAUUGCGGACUUACUGAUGAAGGUGUUCGUGUCAUUUUGGCUGGUCUUUUGGCGGCCAAGUUACCAAUAUACGGUAGAAAAUCGCGCGCUCGCAAAGAGAGUCAGUCUCCUCAAGGUGGCAUUAUCGAACGCCUGGUUCUGAAAAACAACAAUAAAAUCGGUAAAGAUGGUUGGCGCCAUAUCUCCCUGUUCAUUAAUAUGUGCCGGUCAUUGAAGACCCUGGAUCUCUCAAGAAUUCCUUUUCCCCAGGGUGUCACUACGCCACCUGUGAGUGGUUCUGGCCAUUUGAAGAAAACCCAUAGUAAUACGAGUAGUACGAGCAACACCAUUUCUUGCUUAUUUUCUAAGGCUAUUGGGGAUCGACUAGCCGGGUCAGAGUUCGAGCUUUUGAAUCUGGGUCACUGUGGCCUCAACAGCGAGCAGCUAGAUGAAUUAGUCAAUGGUAUUAUAAAAUCUGGUCUGCGGCGUCUUGGUCUCGCGGGCAAUGGAAUCACAUCGGUAGGGAUAGAGCAUGUUGCUAGAUGGAUAAGAUGCGGCAACUGCGAAGGCCUUGAUCUUGGUGGUAAUGAUCUGAAAAAUUCUCUGGAGACCAUUGCGAAUGCGCUUGAUGAGAACAACAAAAUUUACGCCCUGAGUUUGGCGGACUGUAAUCUCAAUCCAGACUCGUUGUGGCAUCUUUUCCCAGCCCUGGCAAAGCUGAAGAACUUCAAGUUUAUCGACCUAUCACAGAACCAUGAUUUGUUCGAAUCGAAUCCCAGCGCACUUUCUCUCCUGCGCAGAUAUCUACCACGUUUACCUCAGCUCAAGCGCAUACAUUUGACAAAUGUAUCCAUGACACCGGAACAAGCCAUCGCCCUUGCGGAAAUCCUACCAGAGAGCCCCAGUCUUGCGCAUGUAACCAUUAUGGAAAAUAGGCAACUAGCUGCUCUUGCAAAUGCGAAAGACGAAGCAAGUCAGGAAGAGGCUUGUGCAUUAUAUGCCUCACUGAUGGCCGCGGUUCGAGUCUCUCAAUCAAUCGUAUGUAUUGAUAUUGAAGUUCCAUCAAGCGAUUCGUCCGAAAUUGUAAAGGCUUUGGCUAAGCAAGUUGUCGCUUAUUGCCUAUGGAACAUGGAACGUGGCGCCGUUGCUGAGAUUAGUGAAGCCGUUCCUGCAAUGCCUGAUCCCCAUGGAACUGCAAAUGAGAAAGAUGUUGCAGUUCCUGAGGUAUUGUUGCACAUUGUGGGACAUGUAGGAGUCCAAGACAACCAUGAUGACGAUGAACCAGCUCCGGACGAGGAUUAUGUGAUUGGUGGGACAGGUGUGGUUAAAGCUUUGGGUAUCUGUUUACGGAACAAAGGGAAUGACUCUAGGAGACCAUCAGCUGAUUUGGCUUUCUCUGAUUUAUCUAGGCCGAGCAGCAGCUCGGCCACCCCGAACCCUGCUGUUAAGGGUGGCAAAGCCAAGGAUAUGUCAAAGAAUUUAUUGGGAAGUGCGAGGAAGAUUCGGACUCGAUUACAACCUGUACUAGUCAAGGAGUUGAAGGCUGGUGAUCAUCAAAAUUACAACCGAUUACUAUUUCUUGAUCAUACACUACAAAAUAUGAUCAAAAGAUUCGAGGAUGAAUUUCCCGAGACCCGCUUAUCACCAUCACAACCUGGUACGGAGCGAACAGCAACGAUGGGCGAUGCAUACCCACCUCAGAUUAAUUAUCAAGAAUCAGACGUUGAACCCGAACCAAUCUUUGCUGAUAAUCAACCAUCAGAUGAAGAGGGAGGACACGACGACGGAGGGAUACGCCCCACUCUAUCUCGUCACAACUCUGAUGUCUCGUUGGCCUCCAAAGCACUUUCGCAGGAAGAAGGCAGAAUGCAUCGCUUUGGACAGAAAAUCCGUCGUAAUAUCCUCAAACCCGAAGUUGAGGAUAAUCUCCACGGGACAACUGGACUCGAAAUUCAGCCAGCACAUAUGCAGUUUUUAAGAUCCAUGGUUGAAGACCUUCAUGGCGAAGACAUCAGAAACAAGCUAGAGACCCUUGGCCCAGAUGCUGUAAUAGCCGAGCUGAAUAAUGAAGCUAGUAUUCUCCGACGGGGACUCAUUGAGAAUGACCCUGAAGGCUGGCAAAAAUUUAAAGAAAGCCAAGAAGCUAUGCAGAGAAACUCAAGUGUGGCGAACAUUGGCUCGAGUGGGAAUAUGUCCGAGAGUGCUAUUGAAUGA